ACUCAGAACCCAAACCCUCGCAUUUCAAACACUAACUCCGUAGUAGAGAGGGAGAGAAACCACCAUGUCGGGCUUCCCAUUCGGUUCUUCGUCGUCCUCUUCUUCCUCACAAGCCGCGCCAUUCUCUUUCGGAACUUCUUCUACCGUUUUCGGUUCGUCUUCCGCUCCAGCAUUCGGAUCCACCGGCGGCGGCGGCGGCUUCUUCUUGCCCUCCACCUCCGCUUCCUCCCCGUUCUCUACCUCAAACCCUAGCUCCGCUCCGCCCUCCUCAUUCGGCUUCAGAUCCUCCAUUUCAUCUUCUUCUACCUCUUCCCCAGCUCCAUCCUUGUCGUUAUCCUCUAAUUCCGCCCCGGCCGCUUCGAGUGCCACCGCCCCCUUGUUUAGCACGCUAACUUCUUCGUCCACUGCAACCCCUGCUUCAUUAAUGUUUGGGACAAUCUCCUCUGCGGCGAGCUCAGGCUCUCCCUUGUUCGGUUCGGCUAGUUUGGGUUCGCCCUUUUUGGGGACCGCUUCAUCUGCUGGUACUUCCGGCUCAUCCGCGACGGGCUCGGGUUUGUCCUUCUCCGGGGCAUCUCUGUCGGCUUCAACUACUAGUUCUUCCUUAUUUGGAACAGCUGCGUCGGCUCCAAAGUCCAGUUCCAGUUCUAUCCAGUUCGGAACAACGUCGGCGUCCGCGACGUUAACUUCUGCUUCACCUCUGUUCGGAGCAACGCCAUCUGCGGUAGCGACCUCCGCUUCUGGUUCAGCCCUUCUCGGAACAAGAGUUCCAUCAGCGAGUCCAGGUUUAUCCCUCUUCGGAUCAUCUAUUUCCGCACCGAGUUCCACCCCAUCCAUAUUCGGAACAACAGCAUUCUCAUCAUCAUCAUCAUCAUCUGCUGCCGCUUCUCCAUUUUCAGCCUCAGCCUUGUUUGCUUCUUCUUCUUCUUUGUCUUCGGCUUCAACGACUCCUGCAUUCUCAUUUGCUUCGAGCUUAGGUUCAAAUUCAGCUACGGCUUCGCCUUUCUCGCCUUCUGCGGGAUUUUCAUUGUCAACUGCUUCAACUUUUUCAAAACCUAUUCCAGCUCCUACGCCCCCCGCUACUUUACCUUCCUCUUCAACAACGACAUCUUCUGCCUUCUCAUUCGUCACGGCCUCUUCCUCAGCUCCUCAGUCUUCUUUUCUUUUCACCACUGCUGCUGCCUCAUCGGCCGCCUCAGUUUCUACUACACCUACAGCAAAGCCUACUUCUCUAUCUCUCGGAACAUCUCCAUCGCCGUUGUUUUCGACCGUCACCACCACGAGUGCUUCGACUCCUGCUGCUACUAGCAGUAGUAGUACUACUACACAAACUUCCUUCUCUGUGCCUAGUUUUGGAGUAAGUUCUUCUUCGACUGCGGUCAGUGCUUCAACAACAGCUCUUGCCAGCUCUGCUGCUUCUUCCAGCGGUGUGGGAUCUUUCACAGGUUUUGGUGUUACGAGCGCAACUGCUGCUUCAUCGGGGCUUCCUGGUUUUUCGUUUAGUAAACAAUCAACGCCUGCUUCGUCCUCGCAAGCACAUUCGACAACUGUCGUGCCUCCUUUUGGUGUCUCUUCAACUUCCGCAGCUGACACAACUUCCAGUGCCAGUACUACUGCAACUCAGACAUCAUCUCUUAUUGUGGCCUCCUCGAGUAGUGGGACAACUACAAGUGUCAGCACUACAGUAUCUACAGCACCAAAAUUACCGUCAGAGAUCACUGGGAAGACCGUUGAAGAGAUCAUCAAGGAGUGGAAUGCUGAACUACAAGAGCGUACUGGAAAGUUCCGAAAGCAGGCUAAUGCGAUAGCUGAGUGGGACAGGAGAAUUUUGCACAAUCGUGAUGUCCUCCUUAGGCUUGAGAUUGAAGUGGCAAAAGUGGUUGAGACCCAAGAUAACUUGGAGCGGCAACUGGAGUUAGUUGAGACUCAUCAACAAGAGGUUGACAAGGCUUUGCAAAGUAUGGAAGAAGAAGCUGAGCGAAUUUACAAGGAUGAGCGUGCAUUGCUGCUUGAUGAUGAAGCAGCUUCCACAAGAGAUGCAAUGUAUGAGCAGUCUGAAUUUAUAGAGAGGGAAUUAGAACAGAUGACAGAGCAGAUCAAAUCAAUUAUUCAGACCCUAAAUGCCAAUCAGGGAGGAGAACUUGAUGCGGUUGAUGGGAUGACCCCACUAGAUGUUGUAGUCCGAAUUUUAAACAAUCAACUCAGUUCUUUAAUGUGGGUUGAUGAGAAGGCUGAAGAGUUUUCUUCACGCAUUCAGAAACUUGCCCGCCAAGGUUCUGCCGCAGAUCGUGAAUUGAUGGAUUCAAAGUUCUGGAAAACAUAAUAAUUGAUCGUUAUGAACUAUCUUGAAUGUUUUAAAAACUAGCAUCUACCAUGCAAAGAAAAAGGUUUCAUCCUUAAUUGUUUCAUAAAUUAGAUAUUCAGUCUCAAUUUUGGAAUUAUUAGCUUUAAGAUUCUGUAGUAAAAUGGUGAUGGAUAUUAACUAACUGCUGCCGAUUUUAUUGUUCGAA